CCCCGCCCCCCGCCUGCCCGGGGCUGGUGCCGCCUCAGCGGCCGCCGGCAGGGGGCGCGCUGGUUGGCCAGGGUAGGCUCCGCCCCCACCACCCCACCCCGGCAGGCCCCGCCCCCCCUGCGGCGCCCAUGGCGGGGCUGGCGCGCGUGCUGGUGCACGUGCGGUGCGGCGGGGCGGGGGGACCCGCGCGCUUCGGGCAGAGCGUCACCGGCGCCUUCUGCCCGGCACACGAGGACGCGGCCGUGGUGAGCUGCGGCCUGGACCGCGGCCGCUUCCUCCUCUCGGACGUGGCCUUCCCCGGCUCCACCACCGCCCUCCUCAAGAGACCCUCCUUCUGCCCCGCCAAGCACCUGGGGGAGAAGCCGGAGCUCGCCCUCCCUGCCGAGCUGCGGGGCCGGGGGGUGGCCGCAGGGGUGGCCGUGCUGCUGCAGACCAGCACCGGCCGCAUCCUGCUCACCCGCCGCGCCAGCACCCUCAGCAUCUUCCCCAACGUCUGGGUGCCACCCGGUGGGCACGUGGAGCUGGAUGAAGAGCUGCUGGACGUGGGGCUGCGGGAGCUGGAGGAGGAGACAGGGCUGCGCCUGGAAGCGGGAACCUUCUCCUGGAGAAUGCUUGGCCUCUGGGAGUCCAUCUACCCACCCAUGCUGAGCCAGGGACUGCCGCGCCGUCACCACAUCGUGACCUACCUGCUGCUCCUCUCCACUGAGUCCCAUGAGCAGCUGGAGCAUCACAGAGCUGAACAACGGCUCCUCCAGCACCACCCAGCUCCUGACCUCGACCUUCCUGAACACAGCUCCGGCCAAAGGGGAGGACGUGGAACGGGUCAGCACCGGCACCAAAUUCGCCCUCCGGCUCUGGCUGCAGUCCCUCGGGGAGCGGGGAUGAGUCCAGCCCUAGGGCAGCAUCACGCUGCUCCUGCAGCCGCCGGUGAAGGGAAUAAAGUUACUGCCCACAGGGACCGGAGUCCGUGCUAGAGCAGGACAGGGAUCUCAAGUGGCAGGGAAGCAAGGCGGGGUAGUGUGACGGGCAGGUGGGGACCCUACCUGCCACAGGAAGGGCAAGGAGAGGACAGCAGGGUGGCCCGGAGGGGUCACGGCUUAGUGGGGUGGCAGGAUCAGCACCCAUGGGCUAACCAAGACUGGAGUCCCCCAAUAAUGUGCGCAAGCUGGGCUGGGUGGGCUUCUUUUGGGUUAAGGCGGACCCUGCACCAUACAGAAACUGCUCCAAGGGCUCAAGCAGCUCAGGAUCAAGCUGGGUACGUGCCCCAGCACAGCUGCCAGCUGCUCCUGGUGUGUGUGACAGGGCUGGGUUUAUAAAAGACAUGUUGUCAGCCUGGCGGUACCUGGAGCAGAGCCGCUGUGCUGUCACGGCUCAGCUGCAGGGAAAGCAGAGCAGAGUUAGGGUAUGUCGGUGAGCUAAGCCCUUGGCGAGCCAGCCCGGUACCUCGGUGGGAUCUCGUUCAUAACAACUGCCCUCCAGCAGGGGAUUUCAGGAAUGCGGAAGUUCAGAAACUCCAAAAACCCAUUCAGAGGGGUUUGGGAGCACAUGCAGGCGAGCCCCGCACUCUUUUGCCCCCCAACUCCUGCUCUUCACACCAGAGCAGAAGCAGCAGCAGUUUGGCUCCUGCUAAACCGGAGCAGCUCCACACACGCAGUCACCACACAAAUCAGCAGAUCUUCAGGAUUUAACGGCUUUAUUGCAUUGAAAUAUUUACCACGGUUACAAGGAAUAGGAAAUCGUCCAAGCAGAAUACUGUGCGCUGCUCCCCCGUCCCGACCCACCAGCAUGGACACUGCUUUGAAUUUCAGGGAAGGAGCAGUUUAAAAAAAAAAAAAAAAAAAAAAGGUGCUAAAAAAAUUGCUACAUGUGAUACCUCUCCACGCUCAGCCUCGCAGUGAGCCACAUCACCCAUCUGCCUGUCGCUGCAGCAAUUCGGAGAUGAGCUUGGCAGCAGGCAGCAAGCCUGUUUGGACACUCACAAAGCAGCAGGUACAUUGCUGUAGAGGUUACAAACUAAAGAAUACAUUUAAAUACAUAAAUAAUUUGUGCAACGGGUGAUACGUCAUCCCUGGAGACAACACAACCUUCAUUUAGUCCUCACGUAGAUAGAGAGACAGGGAAGUCUUUGGAGUUUUACAUGUACAAAAGCUGCAACUGAAAAUAUAGAUCAUCUAUUUGUUCUCUG